CCGGAUACACGCCGUGGACUAGCAACAAUAUAAUUUUAGAUUUUAAUUGUAAUUUUUAAUCAUUAUUUUUAAUUAAUUUUAAUUAAAGUUUUCAUGCCAAAAGAGAUGCAGAAAAUGAAGCUCUCAGACGAAGUAUUCCGUACUUUCAAAGUUGCUAAAGUAUUUCGUGAGAACACAGACCAAAUUAAUUGUUUGGAUUUUUCAUCAAAUGGAGAGAGCAUGAUAGCCAGUAGUAAUGACGACUCUAUUGUUGUGUACUGCUGUGUGGAAGGAAAACCAAAAAGAACAGUUUAUAGCAAGAAGUAUGGCUGUGACUUGGUACAAUAUACUCACGCCCCUAAUGCAAUCAUAUACACCUCAAACAAGAUUGAUGACACAAUAAGAUACUUAUCUCUACACGAUAAUAAAUAUCUCCGAUACUUUCCUGGUCACACCAAACAAGUUGUUACCCUAAGAAUGUCUCCAGUCAAUGAUAUGUUUCUCUCUGGGAGUUUAGAUAGGACUUUGAGACUCUGGGAUCUACGCUCACCAAACUGUCAGGGAUUGAUGCAUCUUAACGGUCGCCCUGUGGCAUCAUUUGAUCCAGAAGGACUUAUAUUUGCUGCCGGAAUUGACUCAAGGCAACUGAAGUUGUAUGACUUACGGUCUUUUGAUAAAGGACCAUUUUCUACCUUUCACGUAAGGCAGGAUUUUGCCGGCUGUGAGUGGAUGGGACUGAAAUUCAGUACAGACGGAAAGAAGAUCCUCAUAUCAACCAACAUCAGUCAAAUUAAACUCAUCGACGCAUUUCACGGUGACGAGCUCUUCACCUUACAAGGUCAUUUAAAUAGCACUGGUCUGUCACUAGAAGGCUCCUUUACUCCUGAUUCAAGGUAUGUUGUAUCUGGCUCUCAGAAUGGCAGGAUACACGUUUGGUCUGCUGAAACCGGGGAAGAAGUGGUAAUACUAGACGGAGGACAUCCUCACCCGUCACACUCUGUCCAGUUUAAUCCAAAGUUUAUGAUGAUGGCCUCUGCUUGCAGAAGCAUUGCAUUUUGGUUGCCAGCUACUGAUGAGUGGAUCCCACCCUCAACACAGCAUCAGAACAUGGAGCAUUGAGAAUAGACUACUGUGUGCUUCAUUUUACUUAUCACUUUAUACUGUUCUUAUUAUUUUUCAAAUUUCUUGUUCACACUGUUACAUAUUCAAUUUCAGGAUAAAGUUUCUGAUAUAAAAAUAAAAAUAAUAAUAAUCAUUAAAUAACUAUCAAAUAAAAGUGGAGAAUGAAAAAUUAAUAAUUAAAAUGUGCUAAGAAUGAUUACUUUUUACAAACAAUAAAA